CGCGGUUUGCGACAACCUUCUUUCUUUAUCCGGGUCCGCGGACAGUAAUGGCGUCCGCCAUUGAGACAGCAGUCGGCAUGAGCAAAAUGCUGCAAUUCAUGAAACUUAUCGGACAGCUCAAAAGGGUCCCACGGACCGGCUGGGUGUACAGGAACGUGAAGAAACCAGAGAGUGUAUCAGACCACAUGUACCGCAUGGCCAUGAUGUCCCUGACCAUCACAGACCCCACAGUGGACAAGGACAGAUGUAUAAAGCUGGCUCUGGUUCACGACAUGGCAGAGUGCAUUGUGGGAGAUAUCGCUCCAUCAGACAACAUCAGUAAAGCAGAGAAACACAGGCGAGAAGAGGAGGCGAUGAAGCAUCUAUCAGCUCUUCUGCCGGAGGGACUCAAAAAGGAGAUUUAUGGACUCUGGGAGGAAUAUGAAACCCAGAGCAGCCCGGAGGCCAGGUUGGUGAAAGAGUUCGACCUCCUGGAGAUGAUCCUGCAGGCUCAUGAGUAUGAGGAGCUAGAGGGAACGCCGGGAAGACUGCAGGAGUUCUUUGACUCCACCAACGGUCGUUUCCACCAUCCAGAUGUGCUCCAGCUGCUCAGCUCUUUAAAUGAAGAGAGAGGUUGUAAAUUGACUAAAACGGAUGAAACAAAGAAUCAUGGCCACUCGCAGACGACGGGUGCAUCACCUUCACAGCCACGGAAGACUUGACUGUAACACACACACACGCACACACGCCUCCUUAGUGGAGGGACUGUAACACAAUAUGUGUGUAACGGGAUGCACAAACACAACCCGGGAACACAACCCAGUGGAAAACCCUCUUCUGCAUCUCCCUUCAUUUUUAAACCAUUUGCUGCAGUAGAACUGUGAACGAUGACACGUGGAUAUCUUCUAUGUGCAUGCAGCUGUUUUGGUCCAUUAAGUUGAAUCCAUACUGUCGGAAAGUACAGUACCACUCUCUAUAAUAAAUACAUUCUGACGACUA